AACACCCGUGACAACAAUGUCAUCAGACUCGGAAGACUCUGAUACACCAUGUUUCAAAAUACUACAAUCACUCAGGAGAAAAGAAACAGUAUCUGCAGCACCACCAAGCCCAAGUCUCAUUCAUCGCAUAAAAGACAGAUUAAACAAAACUGUUAUAACAGUGAAGGGCAAAACGCUAGACUUGGGACAGCUUAAUAUAGCUGAAAUUGAAAAACUGUGCCAAGAAUGUCCAGAUGCAGGUCUUGUCCAGAAAAUUUCCCUCCAUCAGACAAACUUAACUUUCAUAUCAGGAUCACUAGCGAAAUUUAGAAACAUUGUUUAUCUGGACUUUAGUCACAACAAAGUAAAAUUUAUAUCUUGCCAACUGGCAGAACUGACAAAUUUAAAAGUUCUUGAUUUAUCAAGCAAUGAAAUUGAGGAUAUUCCUUUGACAGUUUUCUUAUUAACAUCACUUCGGAUCUUAAACUUGGAGCACAAUCAAAUACCAUAUUUGCCAACAGAACUUUUGGAGUUGGAAAAUUUGGAAGAACUGAAAUGGUUAAAAAAUCCCCUUCUUUCACCUCCACCUCAUGUCUGUGAAUGGGGAUUGGAUGCCAUUUUUGCAGCGCUUCGUGAUCAAAAGGCAAAAACAGAUCUUCUUCGCAACUGGAAACCGUACUAUUCAGAACAUAAAAUAGAAAUGGUGCCUUUGUUUAAACUGUGUGUGGAGAGCAUUUUAUGUCACAGACUAGAUUUUACCUCUAUGGAUACUAUACCCACGUCAAUAAAGAAAUACCUGACGAUAGCCAAGUCUUCUAGUGAGAGCAGAUUACCUCCCCUACAGAAAUGUGGCAGAUGCUUGGCUUAUUUCAGCCAGAAACACCUGUUUCUUAAUCAUGAAUGCAAAAUAAAACCGGUCAAACAACAGUAAACAGUUCUCCAAUGUGAUAUAAUUUAAAAAGUAAACAUUGUCUGUUACUUCUGAAUAAUGGUUACAUUUUUAUCACAUAUUUUUUCACUGACACCUGAAUUAAAUGUUUAAAUAAUAUAUUAUCGGACAUUUCAAGAGAGAAUACUCUAAAAUUUAGAAAAUGGAAAAUAUAUUUCUGUGUUUUAAAAAAAUCACCAUUGGAAAUUUAAUUUUGAAAUUAUGGGUGAUCAGAAAGACCAUGCAGUUGUUAGCACAGUAUUACUGUAUAAAAAGAUACCCCAGGUAAUAUUCUAAGGGCUAGGCAUAUACAUGUAUGCAUUUAUCAGAGUGUCAAUCAUUUUUCUUUUUCUUCAAAUACAUGCAAAUGGUCAUCCCAACAACUAUUCAUGUAAACAUAAAAGAAUUAAUAAUCUGAAUUUUUACCAGGGGGACUGCUAAUACUGGCAAAUGUGUAAUGAAUCAAAAGAAAAAUAAGCAUCAUAUAUUACUCAUUUUAAUAUUUUGAUAAGUGCA